AAAGCCUUAGCUACAACGACAUUAGAGGCAGCGCUCACACAACCAGUUUACUCCUCAGAGCUACCACCAUAUUGUGCGCUCAGACAACCAGUUUAUACUCACCAAAAGCCUCAAGAACCAUGGCGGAGGCUGUUGUUGGGGUAGUGGUGGCGACGCUCGGGGCAGCGCUGGCGUCAGAGGCGGCGUCCUUUGGCUGGUCUUUGGUCGCCAAAGAAGCCGCCGCCCUCAGGGACGUCUUUGGCAAGAUCCGUGCGUCCAAGGCGGAGCUGGAGAGCAUGCAGGCCUACUUGCAUGAGGCAGAGCGGUUCAAGGACACCGACAAGACCACUAGCAUCUUCGUUGGCGAGAUCAGGAACCUCGCCAUCCAGAUCGAGGACGUCGCCGACGAGUUCACCUACAAGCUGGAGGACUGCAAGCAUGGAGGGUUCGCCUGCAAGGCCAGGAAGCAGCUCAAGCAUAUCAAGACCUGGUACCGCCUGGCGGCAAAGUUCCAAGAAAUCGAAGCCAAGCUGGAAGAUGCUAAUCGGAGGAAGAAGUAUUACACCGUCAGAUCUUCUCCUGCUACCAGAUCGGUGAGUCAAAGUCAAGCUCUGCAUUUCACCAGAGAUGAGGACCUUGUGGGGAUCGAGGAGAACAAGGGAAAGUUGGUAGAGUGGCUGAUCCCUGGCAGUGGUGAUGGUGAUGAUUUGGAGCAGAGCAGCAGCAAAGUCACUACGGUGUGGGGGAUGCCUGGUGUUGGUAAAACAACGCUGGUUGAUCAUGUGUACAACACGGUGAAAUUAGAUUUUGACGCAGCGGCAUGGGUAACCGUGUCAGAGAGUUACAGUCCUGAAGAUCUGCUGAAGAAGAUAGCCACCGAGUUCCGCAUCGCGGUUGAUGUGGCCAAUAUUGAGAUGAGAGUCCUAGCAAAGUCUAUCCAUAAUCACCUUCAAGGUAAAAAGUACAUCUUGGUCAUGGAUGAUGUUUGGGAUGCACACGCUUGGUUGGAGAUAAGGAAGGUCUUCCCAACUUCUAACUGCACAUGCCGAUUUGUUAUUACAUCAAGAAAGUAUGAAGUGUCAUGCUUGGCAACUGGGGAUCAUACAAUUCACUUGGAACCACUAAAAGCACAUCACUCGUGGGUGUUGUUUUGUAAAGGAGCUUUUUGGAAUGAUGUUGACCAACAGUGUCCACCGGAGUUGCAAGAAUUGGCUUCGAAGUUCUUAGCAAAGUGUCAAGGCUUGCCUAUUGCUAUUGCAUGCAUUGGCCGCCUACUCUCCUGCAAACCCCGAACUCCAGCCGAAUGGGAGAAUGUGUACAGGGGUUUGGAUUCGCAGUUGACGAAAGAUGUAAUGCCUGAUUGUCAUAUGAUCCUAAAGGUCAGCCUGGAGGAUCUUCCGUACGACUUGAAGAAUUGUUUCUUAUACUGUGCACUGCUCCCAGAAGACUAUGUAUUAAGGAGGAAGGUGACAACGAGGCAGUGGAUUGCAGCAGGGUUCAUCAGGGGAAAGGAAGAGAACAACAAGUUGGAGGAAGUGGCCGAGGGAUACUUGACUGAGCUUGUGAACAGAAGCUUAUUAAAGGUAGUUGAAAGGAAUCAUCUCGGACGACUGAAACACUGUCGGAUGCAUGAUGUCAUACGCCUUGUUGCCCUCAACAAAGCCAAGGAGGAACGGUUUGGUGAAGUUUACAAUGGCUCUUCUGCUGGAGCAUUCUCUGUAGAGGGUGCACGUCGCAUAACGGUUCUAGGGGAAAACCUUGAACAACUGAGCCGGUCUGGUGCAACACAUCUCCGUGUGCUCCAUGUAUUUGGGACUUAUAUCAAUACUGAUUUGCUGAAGCCUAUCCUAACAUCUUCAAAGUUGAUGUCGACAUUGGAUCUGCAAGGUACUCGUAUCAAAAUGCUUCCCAGUGAGGUAUUCAACUUGUUUAAUCUGCGUUAUUUGGGUAUUAGAGAUACCGAGAUUGAAAGCCUGCCUGAAGAAGUGGGGAGGUUACAAAACUUGGAAGUCUUAGAUGCUUCCAGAUCCAAGCUGACGUAUUUUCCAAACAAUGUUGUAAGACUUCAAAAGUUGAGAUACCUAAUGGCAUCUAUUGAUGGUGGACAUGACAGAUUAGAAAUUGGAAACAUAAGCGUAGUCAAGGUGCCUAGUGGCAUGCAACAUUUGGCAAGACUGAGGUCUCUUAAGUUUGUCAAAGCCAGUUCAGAGUUUCUACGUGAAGUUGCAGCUCUGACAGAGCUAAGAUCAUUCAGUGUCUCCAACGUGAGAAGUGAACAAACAUCUGACUUGAGCAAUGCUAUCAGCAGAAUGAGCCAUCUUAUUCAUCUCGAAAUUGUCGCUGCAACUGAGAAUGAGGUGCUGCGGCUAGAAGGACUACAUUUACCUCCAACGCUUUCUUGGCUUGGUAUAGCCGGGCAGCUAGAAAAAACAUCGACGCCUCAACUUUUCUCUUCUUGGUCACACCUCAAUAACCUUACUCGGUUGGACCUGGCAUUCUCCAAUAUUGACGAGGACAACUUUUCCUAUCUCUGCGUGUUAAGUGGUUUACACUUUCUUUCGCUAGCGAAGGCUUUUGGCGGAAAGAGGUUAGAUUUUCAUGCAGGGUCAUUUCCAGAACUUACGAAUCUAUACAUAUUGGGCGCAACACAACUCAGCCAGGUUAAAAUAGAGGAGGGCGCGAUGCAAAACCUCACCCACCUAUGGUUAAGAUAUUGUCCCGAGCUAAAGUUUCGUCCUUGUGGCAUUGAACAUCUUAGAGCCCUUGAGGAAUUAUUUCUGACAGACACAUACCAGAGAUUCAGGUGAAUGCAGCGAAGAUAUAAUGAACAUUAGCCAUAUAAGGAAUGUUACAGUUGUACUGAGCCGUAAAGGGCUUUGGGAAAGGAUUAGGUGAUCAUUGCUAUUCACAAGAGACAUUUUGCUCACUGAGGAUUCCUGCUUUGGAUCGAAGACGAGAAGAUCAAAUCUGGAUCCGGUUAUUGAAGGACAAUAUAGAGAUAUAUUUCCCUGACCCGACGAUUUCCUAGCCGCAAGGAAGAAAAAAGAAGUCGGCAUACUUCUGCAACAAUGCCAAUCUAUGUCAUCUUCUUCUUCAGCAUGUCUGCAUUUACGCAUUUUUUCCACGCAUGUACUUGAUGUAACCGAUUCUUCGCUGAUCCAUCUUUCGAGCUUUUCAGUUUGUGUACUGCAGUUGGCACUUGUAAUCCGUAUAAGCUGUAUCUGUUCCUCAUUAUUCAGCAGGCAUAUGCUGCUUGAAACGCAUUCUGCAAUUAUGUUGAUGUAAGUUAAAGACUGCAUUCGACUUAUUAGAAGAUUAAGACUGCUUUCAGUUUCGUGAGGAAA